CGAAGGAGCCGGGAGCCGCGCAGCUGCACGCACCGAGCCGCGACUCCUGACCCAGACUCCACCACCACCACCACCCCCCGGGACACAAUGCGGGCAGGAGAGGCGGGCAGCGAGGGCAGCGGCCAGGGCAGCCUGAGGGAGCUGGAGACGCUGGUGAGCGCGCGGAUUAAGGGCAGCCCGUGGCUGGAGCGGCACGGCUGGGACUGGCUGCAUCUGUCGCUGGGGUUCGCCUGUCUCCCCGCAGGCCUCGUGCUGGUGUCGCUGGACAGCUCGGCGGCGCUGCUGCUGGGCUGCGGGUGCCUGGCGGUGACGCACGCGCUCUUCACGGUGAAGGCCACGCACCUCGCCAGCCACAACUCCCUCGCCGACUCGCGCCUCUGGAGCCGAGUGUGGUGCCUCUUCUUCAUCGAGGUGUGCGGCUGCUUCCCGGCGGACGUGGCGGUGGAGGAGCACGUGAAGGUGCACCAUGCCUACACCAACGUGCUGGGCCUGGGCGACUCCUCCACGUGGCGUGCCCCCUUCCUGCCGCGCUUUGUCUACCUGUUCCUCGCGCCGCUCGCCCUGCCUUUCAUCACCCCGGCCGUGACGCUGGGGCUGCUGCUGAAGCGGCCGGCGUCGUCGUGGUGCUCGUCGGUGCGAACGCUGGCGCUGUGCGCGCUGGGGCUGGGCGCUCACUUCUGCUGGCUGCGCUUUGCGUGCGGCUUCAGCUCGGCGGCCACGGCGGCAGCGUGCAUGUACACGAGCCGGGCGGCCUUCGCCAUCCCCUACAUCCACGUCAACGUCUUCCAGCACCUGGGGCUGGCGAUGUUCGCUCGCGACAGCUGCCCGCGCCGGCUGGUGCAGAUGGCGCACGGCGUUCUGAACCUGCACCGUGUGCCCGUGCUGGACGUGUGCUUCGGGCACUCGCUCAUCAGCUGCCACGUGGAGCAUCACCUCUUCCCCGCGCUCUCCGACCACAUGUGCCUACAGAUUAAACCGCUCGUGUCCUCGUACCUCAAGAGCUGUGGGCAGCCUUACCAGGAGGCCUCCUACUCCAACCGCCUGCGCCUCUUUGUGGAGAAGUACGACGAGUUCCUGGUUCACCUGCCGCCCGUCACCCAUCUGGCCGGCCUGCAGUGAGUGCCGGCGGGGGGAUCGGGGGUGGGGAGGGCGGAGGCAGGGGGACCCAGCCCGCCGCCUCCGCUCUGUGCGGCCUCGAGCCGUGGUACUGACCCCACGCGAGAGAUGCAGGCAGCCCGGCCGGGUGGGGCAGCUGGUACCGGCUCGGAGACACGUCGCGUCCGCACCGCCAACAUCCUGGAUUUGGAGUCUGGGUUUCAGCCACCCGCGAUUUAAUCUGGGUUCUUUAAAACAAAAACUAAACAAAAAAUAUAUUUUUUUAAUUCCCAAACGUAUUCCCUGGCAGUGUCAUGUCAUGAGACAAAUAAUCCAUUUGGCAUCGCUCGCAGCGCACGGCGGCCCUUUGUGUUAGAGAACAGCCCGCAGAAGUGCAGCUACCUCAGGUCCCUGCUUCAAGUGACCUCUGAUCCCCACAGUAAAGGGCAUCGCUUUCCCAGCCGCCCCUGCCACACAAAGCAAUUUUUGUAGUGUCACAAACCGACAUUUUCCAUUCUCCGAGUUGGACUUUAGUCAAAUUGAGUGCACGGCUGAAUUUAAUGUGAUGGGGUUUUUGUUUUCUGCUGUAACUUGUGACCAUCAGCUCACUCCCCUUGAGAACCCAGUGUCAUGAAGCCUGGAUUCGAAUCCAAGAUUCUCAGUGGUGCCAACUCAGCUCUCUGACCUCUGAGCCAGAUACAUGGAAUCUGAAGUGGCGUGAGGAUAUGGUCUAGGUCCAAUCCCCAAUUAUAGCACAAAAACCUAUAACAUUACAUUUUGUUUGUCAUGUAAUGUGGCUUACUCUAGCUCUGAGAAUCACAAACCGUGGUUUUAGUAAGAUGCAACAAAUGCUUUUUUGCAUAGGUUGUAAGACAUGUGGCUCUAUUGUCGAUAAGAGGAUACUGCAGUCGGCUCAGAAGUAGUUCUUUGACAUCAUCUUCUGUGGCCAUUCUUUGACAUGAGGUGUAGUUGCACUCUACGGAUGUAAAGACUCACCCGCAGGGUAUAGUGAGUUGAUGAGUUCCCACUAUUCAGAAGAAUUAAGCCUCUAAUAUCUGUCCCUCUACAUAAAUAUAUAUAUCCCCCAACAGGCACACAGCAUUCUGGAACUAAUAUUUUUCACCAGCAUUGCUUUCAUGCAAGCAAACUCUGAGUUCAACAGUUAAUGUCUGGAAUCAGCAGUCAGGCUUGCUCUGAGAUCAACGCUGGUGAAUUAUCAAAUCUUUAUAGGCAAGAGCCCUCUCUCAGCAUUGCCAUUGGUCGUUGCCCUUGGAGGGUUCAUGUGGAAACCAUCACGUGCCACGUGCAGGGAUCAAAACGCCUUGAUUCUUACGUGGAUAGACGCAUCCAUCGUCAAUUUGAGGAUCGGUAUUAAUCAUCGAGUCGUCAUGCUCCUUUUAUAUCGCCCUCCGUUCGAGUUACUACACCUCAUGACAUGACCUGUAAAGGAUAUCCAAAUUAAGUGACAAACCAAUUGUCAAGUUUCGGAUUUUUUUGCGUGCAGUCAUUGGUGACCAGGCCAAGACCACCAACGCGCUGGCGCUUGAUGUGACGCUUUAAUCGUUGGCCGCUUAAACCCGAGAUCGAACCCAGGUUCCCAGCGGUGAGAUCGAUGUCUCCAUGUUUUGACGGAGCCAUUGAGACCCCCCCCCCCACCGACUCUCCCAGACACCUCCCUAACACGCACAUCUAAUGCACACGCUCUGCGACCUUCGUCGGGAUAAUUUAUCUUGUAAGCGGAAACUAAGUCUAAUGAUGGACUGGCUUUAAGCAUCGUCUACGGUAUUUUGCAGUAGGUACGGACCGAACUGUCAAUCCACUGCUGGAUGAGGGCAGGCCCACACCGUGCGAAUCAUGGGGGAUAUGUGACCACAACCUCACCACGCUGGUCAGGUCGGGUUGAUGAGUUUGGGGAGCAUAGACACGGAAGGAUAGAAGUACAGCACAACAAUUAUUAUUUUCCCUGCACUCCCUUCUGCUGCCCAAGUGCGUGGCCCCGCAGGCGAUAUCGGCCGUUGUUGCUGCAUGGCGAUCGCCCAUCCAAGCGCCGACACGAUCUGGCGCGUUCUGGGCGGCUUUGUCACAUGCAUUGCGUGUUGAGAUGUACGUCCGCAUCUUUCCCCAAAAUAAUUUCUGUUUGGAAUAACUCCCUACGGAGCAGCUUGACGGAGCACGCUCAAAAUAACUCCCACGACAGACACGGGCGUGGAGAGGCCUUCAUCCAGCAGUGGAUUGACUACGGGCUGUAAAUCGCUCUCCGACCAAUCUCCAGUAUUUCUCUCAUCUCUUGCGAGAUGCACCCCAUGUGUGUGCCCCCAAUGCGACCUCGCAAAGCAGAGCAAUCAUUUGCGGAGCCCAGAUGUGCAAUGAGGAUGAGGGAUUUGCAUGCAUAGGGCACUUGCUUCAAUGCCUUAACAUCUCAAAGCGCCUUACAUAACAUCUCAGUGUCGGCCAUCCCUGCCCUCGAGGCCCUCGACGUUGAUGGGGUCUGCCACUUAGAGGGCAGUGGUACCAUGUUGCUUUUCCCAAUGAAGUAAUUUGCUGGUGAUUUUUUUAUUUUAUUUUAACACUCCAAAUUCUGACUGACGACAGCCCACACAUGGCCUUCUCAUUUUCGAAGAAUUAUUGCGGGAACCUUGAACAUCGACUGUGAAGCCAAUGGCACCGCAGUCCUUUUGGUUAAUGAGCCCGCAGUGUUAACCAGGGUGACCGCUGGGUUCAAGCCAUGAACCUUGGCCAUGUCACAGCAGAUACAACCCACAACACCUCCCUCAAUCUGCUGGUUGGCUGCCCACCUAGUCCCUGUGGCCUAGACGAUCCGACACCAGGUAGAAGCUUCGUUAAUUGGAUUAAAUAUUUCAAAUUGACUUUCUCCUGUGCUAUAGUUUUCCAUCUGCUGCUGCGUAGUAUGAAACAAGUACGAGAGUGGCACCACGGUGACAUCACCGUAGGCCUUGGUAGUCACUCGACAGCACAUUUAUCUCAAAAGCGAAGCUUCAAACCGACGUGGGACAGCCACUCAGUGUGUCGCUGCACGAUAGCGGUUGUACAUUCUGUUGGGGUUUGUUAAACAAUUGGCUUUCCUCGUGCUGCUGUCAUUUACCAUCGUUGCAACUCGUGGCCUUGUUCUGCUGGUACAUCUGAGCCAAACCAGCGCGGGGUACCGGUGGUUUUUCCACUGGGGCUAUUGGCCAUGCCAGGCCAGAACCAAACCGUGCUGCACUUGCUGUCCUCGCAAGAAGACGUCUGAACUGGCUCAAGGCCAAGCAGCGCCCAGGGGUGAUGCUGACGUUGCAUUCGUUUUGCGUGACGUGGGCGAGUACUCCAUGAGGAAGCGGCAUCACCACGUCACCUAGGAGCGCCUCGACUCUCCGCACGUGACGUCAGUGGCACCGCUCGGCUUCUCCCGAGCUCCCACACCGCUCUGGCUCGGCACGGCUUAAAUGUGCAGUGGAAUAGAGCGAUCGGCUCGUAGAGCAAGUGCUCUCCAGCCGCACUCUUCGCUUGGGCUCAGAAUGGAUUUGUUGUUAUUGUCACAGCUUGUGUUGAAAUGCAAGUCCCGCCUGCAUUUGCUUUGCUCUGAAGUACAUCUUGCAUUGCACACUGGGUGUACGUUAGAUUGCAUGUGGACACGGGACGCAGUGUGCCACACGGGGGCGUUUGGAUGAGUGUAAGCUAGCUAGGGCACUUUACUGUGAUUGUAACGGUGUUUAUUUUAAAUGUGAAAUUGUUCCCCUAACCCUGAUGCCACUGCGCAGCCCUUAAACAUGGAGGUGCAACGAGUCGCGAUUCAAGGUCAUGAUUCAAUUCAAUAAUUAAUUAUUCAUAUUUGAUUAGAUUUGGUCAGAUAAAAUUAGCAAAAUGUGUGUUGUUACACCUUCCUCCACCCGACACAGACAAUUCAUAGAGUUGUGACGUGAUAAACAGACGUGCCAAUUGAUGAUUACUUAGCCGAGGUGUAUCCGGAAAUUAAUUCUGCACCCUGGCACACCACAUCCAUUACAGCUGUGGAUGUGGCUGUGGUUGCUACCACGCGAGCACCGUAUUCCUGCAGAACGGUGUGCCCCUGCUGCUGCUGGAGAGUAAUACACACACGUUCAUCACGUGGGUACGUGGGUUUACAACGCGCGUUUCACUCACGCGAUCUGACCCAAAAUUAUAUUGUGAAUCUUAGUAUCAGCAAAAGCUCAAAUGUUAUAUUAAAUUGUCCAUUUUUAUUUUUGUAGUGGUGAAUUUAGCGGCCCCUAGUGGCUGCCAGGAUCACGUUAAUCCCAUUACAUUAUUUGGACCGAAAAAAAACAACAAAGUUUACGAGCGCGAUUCGAUGGAUCUGAAUCGAUGGCUGGAUGCCUCCGUUACACCUCCACUAAGGAAAGGCCCUAACCCCUAAGCCCAACCCUGACACUAACACUGAUACAAACCUUGACACUUUAGAUAUCCCUAACACUACCGGAAGAAACGCCCAUUACCAAUCUAUAGGCACUACCGCAGGGAUGGGCUCGCUAAGCACGGCCAGUUUGAGCUGCUAACGCAAGCACUCCGCACUAAACAAUGCUGACCACUAAACUAACACUAACCAUAAACUCAAAUCAUAACUAACCGUUAAGGAUGAUGUAACCAUCCCUCACAAGUUGUAACUUUUGCAUUCCUGUAAUACUUGGAAUGUAUAGCCCAUAAAACACUGCUGGCUAAGAUGAGUUUCGAGAAAUCAACCCUCAAUGACCAGCGUGGUAAAGUCAGUGGUCGAACAACCACCAUGACCGGCAUGGUGUGCGUAGGUCUUCAUCCAGCAGUGCAUUAAAGCAUUGUUAUAACAAGUAAAACAAUAAUCAAGACGUGAAACCAAUUGCCUAACGCGAACGUGGACGUUGGGAGAUGACGAUAUUGCCACUCGCAAUGUCAGAAACUUUCUACGGUUCAUUGCAUUGCUGCCAUGCAGGGCCACGCAUGCAAUUCAAGAAUCGAUGCUUUAUUUUUACACUGUGGUGAACAUAGCGCUCUCUGGUGGCCGGAAAGGGUCACGUAAACCGAUCACAUACACCACAUACGAAUAGAAUAACAUUGCUUUUUAUACAUGUGUAGUGUCAAUGAUUCAGAGACAGAGUUUGUAGGAGGCACUUUAUUAACAACUUCCACGGUCUCGUCCGCACUCUCUCCACAGUAGCUCAGCCUAGCCUGUACAUUACACUAACCGUCUAACACUGACGGCGCUGACAGAGCUAGCCAACUACUAUCCUUCGUAGCAUAAUAUCUAGCGGAGGCGUUUAGCAACGACGUCGACGAGACGACAGCAACGACUAGACGAGAGCCCAUUCCCAGAACCGGCAGCCUCAAGCUCCCGCUCUCGGCUCCUUUUAUGCUCCCAGCGCAGCCUGGCUCCGCCCUGACCGCACCUCCUUUCUCGAACCCGCUAGCAGGUUCCAGGGGCCUCCAGAUGGGGUCCUCUGUGACCCUUUCCCUAGUUCCAACCCUCUGCCCACACACCGUGCACACCCUCACCGGCGUAUGCGCUGUUUGUCCACCACAGUUGCCGCUGCUGUCCACCAGCCGGCGCUAUUACACUACACAUGUGAUUCAAUGCAUGUAUCGUCGUAAGAUUUAGAAUGUAUUACUAACUGAUGUGUUGAUGCAUCGUUACGCCACUGGUUAACAUGUGAAUGCUAAUCCCAACCUCGCACACUAUUAUUAAUGAUGAUGUGUAAUUCUGACUUUAAUCUAUAACACUAAUACAAAUAUAAGAAGAUAUUAACUAAAUCACUCGUGGGAGUUGGUAAUUGGCCUUGAUAAACAAAGAUUAACUUGUCAAUCUGCAUUUCAAUACCUCCUAGCCAACAUGGAAAAAAGGCAAUUACAGAAAAAUCCUUCCCAUCAUGCAAUGUGCCAGUAACAUCUUAUAAUUUUACUUGAAUAUAGAUUUGUUUAUUUCGUUAUAAGUUUUGAUUAUUGAAGGGUGGGGCUGAUACUCAACAGCUACUAGUAGUCACCUAUCCCAAUGAAAAACUGUUCAUCUGGAAACAUUUUAAAAUAUAUAGUCCUUAUCAAGCCCCACGGUGUAAAGUGCAGACUCCACUUUGUCUCCCAGGCCUCUAUAUAAGUGCUAUGAAGAAGGGUCAUUUCCCAAAACGUCUAAAUAUUGUAUUUUAAGGCCACAGUGUUAUUGAUGUUUCUUGAGUUUUUUUAUUUAAGGCACCAACGUUGGUGGAAGUUUCCAUGACGAUUAUGUGAGCCAAUCCAGCCAAUUGCAGCGAGUGCACGACAAAAGUGAUGAUGUCAAUGUUGCAGACUCCGUCCAACUUCAUUUCCACAAUGUUGCUGGAAAUUGUCUUGCAGGAAAAUGGCCCUGUAUGUAUUUGGCUUCACACUUACCCAUAAUACUAACAAAACACAUCUAACACCAACUCAAACCCUGAAUCAAGGUCCUAACUACGAAUUAACAAGUUUAUCAAAAUUAACGAAAUGGUAUUAUCUGGAUGUGCUGUUUUUGCACAUUUUCAAGAAAAAAAAACAUCCAUCUGGGGUGAGUUCAAUGGCGCUACUGCGUGGGAGGCGGUCGUGAACUCCUAUUGGACGGUGCCUGAGGACGCCUCGAGCCUCGCGACGGCUUGUGACGUCAUGCGCCCGCUCAGCCAAUGAGCGCGCCCGUUGCACGUGCGAACCAAGAGCUGACAGAAAGGGACGGCGCCUCUGAUUGGCUGUCUUUGUGCGCCCACCGAACACUUAGCCAGGCAGAUCAUCGCCAGACUGUUGUUGUUCAGUCUAACAUGUAGGCUUUCGCGACCAUUAUCCGCCUGAAGAUGCUCAUAAUUACUGGCGACACGUCGUACUCAGAUUGUAAAUGUUGUGAAUUCGCUCUCCAGCAGACCCGGUGUGCUGUACUAAACGAAUUGGCAUGUUCUGUUUAUGUGACAAACCUUAUGGGUUGGCUAUGUCAGGUGGUGGAGGGUUACGACACGUUUGUACUUAUGCGAUCUAACCCAAAAACCUUUAUUAUGAAUAAUAUUUGUCACGAAUAGCUAUGUUUAACACGUAGGCUUUCGCGACCAAUAUCCAUAAUAGAGGUGUUUUGGGUUAGAUCACGUAAAUAUUUAAAUGUUUCGUUAAACCCGACAGCCAGUCAGGUUUGUCACGUAAACAAAACAGCAAUUAGUCACGAGUUCAGCACUAACCGGUAUUUUGGAGAGUAAACCCACAACAGUUACAAUUCGAGUAUGACGUUUCACCAGUAAUUACAAAUAGCAUCAUCAGGCGGACAACCAGAGUUGUGGAGAAAUCCUCUUGUGUUGUUAUUACAAUGUGCUCUGACCUUAACGGGUUGUCUAAAUGUAAAAUCGCUCUGCAGCGCUCUGCCCAUUGGACACACCCUAGAUUUUUGUUUGAGUGUUUGAUUAAUGUCAAUUUUGUUUUGUUUUUACGAGUGAAUGCAAUAAUAUGAAUAACGUGUUUUAUACUUUUUUGUGAUACUGAUAAGUUUUAAUAUUUUAUAAUUUAUAAAAGGGGAAAUCACUAGUGAUAACGAAUCAUUGUACUGUCACAUCGCAUUGUCACUGAGAUAUCCGUCCUUUAUCCUUAGUUUGCCUGAAUAAUAGCUCAGGGUCAGCUCAGUGUUAGAUCAGAAUAGUGACCACCUUCGUAUACAAAUUCAGCCCAGUGUUGCUACCAGAUAUUUAUGAAAUAAAACCUCUACAUGUGUGUAAGAAAACUUACAUUUGUGAUCAUAUAUCUAGAUGAAAAACAACAUUAAAUUAUGGAGGCUUCAAAUAAAAUGUCCAAAACACCAUCAUGGUAUGGUUGUGGAAGCAUCAGAAACUUUUUUUUAAUCAAAAAUGAAGUGAAAUUGUAUGUUUAAUAGAAUGUGAAAUGAACCCUACAUGUUUAAAUAUUGUGGUCUUCUAUCAAUGCAUUAAAGUAAUAAAUGGCCUCAAUCUAGAUUUUAAGUUUUCGUGACUGCACGGAUCCAGACUCUUUGAUUCUUUCGGUAAAGUCACGUAGGUAUAAAAUUAAAUAAAUUAAAUCACGACGUUUCGGGCGCAACCACAAGCAAUCAUCAUCAGGUGGGACAGCCACAGCCCACUUCAGGAAUUGUUUCUUGCUGUGGUUGUCCCACCUGAUGACGGACGCUUGUGUUGCGCCCGAAACGUCGUGAUUUAAUUUAUUUGAUUUUAUACCUACGUGACUUUACCAAAAGAACCAACGAGUAAUAAAUGGCCUAUCAACAGAGAGCCAUUAUUUUUACAUUUUUUGUGUUAAACCUUAUAACUGCAUUUUUUAAAAUUCUGUAAAACUGAGUUCGCCACUAAAUUUUAUCCUGAAUUAUGAGGUAAACCAUCCUGUUUGGCAACGCUUGGUACAUCACCAUUUAUAAACCGGCCUUUGUCACUGGAAAGUUUUGUGUGAGGGUGAUGAUUAGGCAUGUAAUAAAUUAAAAUCAAGUCGCGCUUUCGAUACACAUCAAAUCGUGUGUGUAAGAAUUCAUUAUUUAUGUUAUAAGCAAUGGUAAAGUAAAAUGUAGGAGAUUGAAAGACAAUACUUUACAAACAAGACAGAAAAAGAAAAAAAAACAAUAGGAACGAGACGAUAAUAAAUCUAGUUACGAACCUGAAUCCCGACAAUUGGCCAAACUUGACCUCUCCCCUCCUAGCCUCAACCAAUCCCGUCUCACUGCAUUCAUCUGACUGUCCCAAAAUGGCGUGCGGCACGUGGCUCAGGUUCCAUAUGUUUGACUUCACGCCAAAAAUACCGCUGCUUCAACACCCACCAGUGCCGAAAUUGGGUUUAAGAAAUUGCCUGACACAUUCGUGUUCACUCUUGCUUGUAUUACUAAUAUAUUCGUAGCAAUAAAGUCUAUGCUGCA